GAGGUGGCACGAUGGCUUCUCCUCUGUUCAUACUAACAGCAUGUUUGGUUUUAUUGCGUCUUGGAGGGGCUUUCUUUUCGGGACCUCUGCACCCGGAGAUGUCUAACGGCACCUUUCAUCAUUAUUUCGUGCCGGAUGGGUACUAUGAAGAAAACGACGAUCCCGAGAAAUGUCAGAUGCUCUUCAAAAUGACCGACGAGCGCAAAUGCACCCUGGACGAGGACCAGGACUCGGUGAUCCGUGACGAUUUUACCAUUAUUAAGCGUCACAUCGAGGACGCGGCGCGGGUGCUCGAGGGCAUCGGGAAAAGCAUUUCCUUUGACCUGGACGGGGAAGACAGCUAUGGGAAAUACCUGAGGCAAGAGACGACUCAGAUCGGCGAGGCGUUUUCCAACUCCGAGAAAUCUCUCCUGGAGCUGGAGGUGAAAUUUAAACAGAGUCAAGAAAACGAGUUGAAAGAGGAGCACAAGAUCAGCGAUGACUUCCUCAGCAUGAUCGUGCACACGCGGGACGUGCUGAAGGAGACGCUGGACAUCUCGCUGGGACUCAAAGACAAGCACGAGCUACUGUCACUGAUCAUCCGGAGUCACGGGACCCGGUUAAGCCGUCUGAAAAACGAAUAUCUGAAGGUGUAGAGGAAUAAUGCCGCUUUGUCUUUUUUCUGGUAGGGCAUUUGACAAAAAUGAUGCAGCUGUUUUGUGCAAUAAAUGAAAGCCAAUAUUCACUUAAUAGCAGCAGUCAUAUUUGAUGGACAGGCAUUAUUAGUUGGUAAUAAUAAGGAUGGUAUCUCUGUCUAACCAAUAUAGUGUUUUACCUCUAAAAAACAUACAGAAAGUUGAGUUAGUGCUGGGUUUUAAGGAUGCAGGCUGUGUUGGCAUUAUUGAACGUUUCACAGAAAAUUCACAUAAACAGAAGGAAUAUAGUUUUCAUUGUUCAUUGUACAUUUUUACUUUCACAGCCAUAUUCAGUUUAUUACAAAGCAUGUUUCCGGAAUAGUUUUAACUGACAAUCCUCCAAAACAUAAGUGCAUAAAAAUUAUAUUCAAAAUAAUAAUUUUAUUAUUAUUGCUUUUAAAAACACUUGGAUGAAAAAAACAAUUUGUCCUUUGUACAUUACAUUUUGUGUGCCAUAAGAAAUAUUUUAUUAUGAGUUUUUAAAACAUUAAACUGUGAUUGUUUAUAUUUAUGAAAAUGUAUUCAUUUCAAAAUUCUUGUAGUCCUCUGAAAAGUCACAGGGAAAAGGACCAUCUGGGAUGACACAUUCCCUGACAAACCAAGAUGACUGCAGGCAGGAAUAUUGGACUUUAAACGUUCUAUGUGUGUAGUUCCUUUCCUGAGAUAUAUGUUGUGUUUAUUCCUUUUGUAAUAAAAAUCUUUACGGUCAUUUGUAUGUGUGUUCAAGAAAAUCACAUUGCCAUAGACAUACUGUAGUUUCAUUGA